UGAAGAUUGCUGUGGAGCGGCAGUGUACUUGAGGCUACACUAGGGGCGGAGUUUGACCUCACCAAGUCUCAAAACAUCACUAAUCCGCGUCGGACAUUCUGGCACAGGCCACCAACACUGGCCCCGUUUGAGCGCAAAAAGGGACACGCUGCGCCGAGCCAAGCGCAGUGUUUUGUUUCCGCGGCACAUUGAUGUGGAGGCUGAGCUGAAUGCACAUGUCGGACGGAUUGUGAGUGGUGCACUAUGACAGAUAGUGUGGUACAUGUUUGUGGACAUCUGCAGUGAGCCCUCGCUAGCCUCUGCCUCGCGGGGUUUUAGGGAGAAGAGCAGGGAUUUUUCGCGUUGACAGCUGGAACCCUCAACGUCGUCUGACGCCUCUCUUUAUUAUUGUGAGAUCAAAUCCACUUUCCCUCAAUGUGCAGUGGCUCUGGGUUGAGGCUGCCCUGUGGCUGAAUGAUGCUGUGCACUAGCUGCUGUGUGGGCGCGUGGGGCUGAGAUGGACACAUCCCAUGGCCAGACCUUCACACCAGCUGCCAGCUCCCAGUAUGUCCAACUGCAACAAGUCUUCCUCCAACUCUGGAGAAGGUUCUAACACAAAGGCAUGGGCAAAGAUGUUCAAAAAAUCUGGGGGAGGCUUGAAGAAAUCCUACCAGCCGGGCAGUAUGCUGUCUCUGGCUCUGACCAAAGGCCUGAUCAACGAGCCCGGGCAGAACAGCUGUUUCCUUAACAGUGCUGUUCAGGUUCUGUGGCAGCUGGACAUUUUCAGAAGAAGUCUGAGGCAGCUCUCAGGUCACUUUUGUCUUGGGGAUGCCUGUAUUUUUUGUGCAUUAAAGAGCAUCUUCAGCCAGUUCCAGCAGAGCAGAGAGCGUGUCCUGCCCUCAGACAGCCUGCGUAACGCCUUAGCUGAGACCUUUAAAGACGAGCAGCGUUUCCAACUGGGCCUGAUGGACGACGCAGCGGAGUGCUUUGAGAACAUCUUGGAGAAAAUCCAUUUGCACAUUGAGUCAGAUUCAGCAACCGAUUCUUGUACCUCCAAAUCGUGCAUCACACACCAGAAGUUUGCGAUGAUGCUUUAUGAACAGUUUGUGUGCCGUUGCUGUGGUGCGUCUUCCGACCCUCACCCGUUCACAGAGUUUGUUCAUUAUGUCUCCACUACUGCUUUAUGUCAACAGGUUGAUCGAUUGCUGGGAAAGACUGAGCGUCUGAGGUCCGACAUGUUUGGAGAAUUGCUGCAGGCGGCAAAUAACACUGGGGACCUCCGGAGCUGCCCAAGUGACUGUGGGCAGAGCAUUAAGAUUCGCAGAGUGCUCAUGAACUGCCCUGAGAUUGUCACCAUUGGGUUUGUGUGGGACGCUGAGCAGUCCGACCUGACAGAUGAUGUCAUCAGGGCCAUAGGACCACGCCUCAACCUGACUGGGCUUUUCAACCGCGUGACGGAUGAAAAUGCCAAACGCAGUGAACUACAUCUGGUGGGGAUGAUCUGUUUUUCGAGUAAACAUUACUCAGCCUUUGCCUAUCACACCAAAUCUUCCAAAUGGAUGUUUUUUGAUGAUGCUACUGUAAAGGAGAUUGGAUCCAAGUGGAAAGAUGUCGCAUCCAAAUGCAUCAGGGGGCAUUUUCAGCCACUCUUAUUGUUCUACACCAACCUUGAGGGAACGCCUGUGUCCAAUGAAGAUGCCCCAAGACAGACCACUAUGUGCCCACGCUACAAAACUCAAGUCAAUGGAGAUGUCACAGUGAAGCAUCCUCUCGGCAGUCCAAAAAAGUACCAAGAUCCCUUCAUGGAAAGGUCCAGUGACACAGCCCGUAAGGACAGAGGACAUCGUAAAACUGACCCACCACAACACAAAGAAAACGGACCUCGGCUCCCCCCUGAUCACAGACUGAAGACAUAUCCUCGCACUGAGAAGUCCAACCGCUCCAGCAGAGCCAUACAGGACUCACGCAGCACACAGGGACACAUCCGCAAAAACAACUCCUCUCCGAGUCGGAAUCAAGAUCAGGACAGCAGUCAGGAACACUGGGAAAAGGGUGUCGCAAAUCGUAACAAAACCAAGUCCACUUGGAGACCUAUCCGAGAGGUUCUGAACGUGGACACUGUCCUGAGCGAGCUAGAGCAACGACGUCAGCAGCAGCACGAGAGCCCGCACCGCAGCAAGCCUCAGCCUCAGGACAGACUGGGCCAGGACAGACCGGGCCAGGACAGACCAGGUCAGGACAGAUCGGGUCAGGACAGAUCGGGUCAGGACAGAUCGGGUCAGGACAGGGGGCAUUCUGAACCAAAAGACCGUGAGCGGGACUCUACUCACAGAGAUGAACGUAAGCAGAAGAGUUUAAUGACGAUCUAUGAAGAUGAGCAACGCCUCGAGACGGAGAGCCAUAGCUCCGUGGACUCUGAGAGCAGGGCUCAGCAAAGAGGCAGCAGGCUGAAGGGGGCGCCCAAGACGCUGCUGCGUAGUGAGACCUGGACCAUCCAGAGAACAGAGUCUGGCUAUGAGAGCAGUGACCGGCUGAGCAGUGGCUCCACAAAUCCAGACUCCCCCGGUGUAGACGGCUUUGUGUUAAAAGACCCACGAGCCGCAGACGCACAGUCAAAGAGCCAGUGUCACCAAAAGGGAGUAGAGUCAAAGCAAAAUCUUCCUUCACCAUCCUACAAUGCCAAAUCUCAGGGAAAGAGCUAUGACCAGGAAUCUCAUCCUCAUCUUAAGAGCAGUCCAAGUUCUAGAAGAAAGUCUAAGCACCCGUCCAGUUCGUGCAGAAAAGUGUCGUGCUCGGACAGAGAGUGCAGCAGCUCAGAGAGCAGGCAGAGUGAGCCGCAGGAGCCUCCACACUGUCGGGGACACAGUGGAGACAGCACAGGCCUCAGGCACAUGGCCAAAACCAGCAGCUCUGAGUGGAACAGCUCUGAUGAUCUGGCCCUGUCAGAGCCAGAGGACAGAGACAGUACUUACCGCUCCAACAGCGAUCCUGUCACGUCAGAUUCCCAGUGUCCCCACAUAACCCUGGCCUUUCCCCCCAGCAGCAUGAGCUCAGAGAGCCCACUGAACAGUCACUCUGCAGGCUCUCCUCAUGUGCGUCCUGCUGCACGGGCCACCUCUCACCAGGGGGAGACCAGUCACUCUGCAUUUCGCCCUAGGAUGCUCCAAGAACCUUUUUCAUCUCCACAUCUCUCCUCUGCAUCCUACACCAGUCCUCAUAGGAAAAGUGACAUGUCAGGUCAUCGGACCUUCUCAGACGCGAGCUCCAAGUCAGGCUCGGAUAUAGAAAGGAGUACCCCAUCGUCCUGUGACAGUGAGGAGAGGCUCAGUGUUCCCCGAGCAGAGCAGAGUCCUGCUCAGGAGGUCUCUCUGACCACAUACUUCAACGUAGAUAACUGUAUGACGGAAACAUACCGUCUCAAGUACCACAACCAGAGGCCGCUGGUCCUCUCUGCCACAGUGCCACGGACUGCUGUCCCCAGUGACCGCAGAGAUAACACUGACACACACUCACAAGAUGUGCCAAAAGCCAGACCUGAUACAAGCCAUAAUAGCAAUAAACCCACAGCAAAAUGGAACCCAGUGUCAGCCAAAGGACUGGAUGAACGAGGUUUUUUAUGAGUGAUGUUUACAGAGGUGGUCAGUCAAGUACUAACUGGAUGCCAAAGAGUUCACAGACAUGUUACUAACCCUGAUAGAAGGAACAUAUUUAUGCAAGAAGUCAGUUGAAAUAAUGUUCAACAUGUAGAGCCUAUACUGUCUUCCAUUGUCCUGCUGCGGGAUUUAGUUUGCACCAAAACAUUUGUUUGCACAUGAGGGAUUUCUCAUCUCCAACACACUGGUUGUUUUUGUGCAAUAUUUUUGAAUUGUGCUGCUGAAAUUAGAAUGUAUCUGAAUGUAGAGAUGGUGUUCUGUGUGCAGUAAUGACAAGCAAAAAAGGAAUGUGAAAUACAUAUACUAUAAUUAAAAAUAGCAAUUAUUUAUGCGUAUACAAAUUGAAGGCUAUGAAAGCAAGUAAACAAGCUCCUGUCUGACAAAAAGAAUCGCUCAUUUUAAGACAAUGAGGUUUUGGCAGCUCAGUCACAUUUUUCAUAUUAAGGGUCGGAGGUCUAAAGUAACUGAUCCAUUAUUCAUGUUUUACAACUUAUAGUUAAUAAGUGACGAGGGGCUGUCUUUGUCAAGCUAAUUCUAUUGGUCGACUAUAUCUUAUGGCAAAGGUUAUUCAGUCUAUCUUGAGCAAGAUCAUAUUAAUUAUUAGGUAAUAUAUGACGUACUACCUUUCCACAACCUAGUGUAAUGUCCAUUCAACUGCACUCUCUCUCUUCUUUUAUGAGUUCAGAGUUUGAUGCACACAGUGGGCAGAUAUAUCUACAGGUAUACCACUUAAUUAUGCCAUUAUGAUGAAAUGCCUAACACACUCCUUCUGUUCUCAAUCCUGCAUGUGGCCUUUACAAAGUCCUAGCAUGAGCAUGUGCAUAUGGAUUAUUGAACAAAGAAACAUUAUAUUGGACUUUAACCAAGUAUAUUUAAAUUUAUGAAUUAACUUGUAUUUGUAACUGCAAUUGUUCGUCUGCAUUGUUUGUAAAAAAUAAGAUACACUAUUGAUACACUGCAAGACGAGUAGACCAGAAAUCCCACAGUUUUCAGAUUUGCAAAGCAUUGAAGUUAUUUUGUAUUUGCCACUACAUGCACCAUCAACUUUGCUCUGUGUUUUUCAUUUCUCCUUCCUUCUUUAUCUUUGAGAAUCACAUAAAACUCUCAAAACCAGAACUGCACUGUUUUUAUGAAGAUGACACACAGAAAGAUGCAUUAUGUCACAUGGUACUCCACACAAUUACAGUUGCCUUUAAAGCUGAUCGUGCAAGUGUUUGUUCAUACCCAGUGUUUUGUCAAUUUCCAUUAUUUUUAAUAUAAUUACUGAAGAAGUAUUGUUUUAAUCAGAAAAUCCAACAUUCACCAGUCCAUGCUAAAAAUGCCUCACUUGCCAAAACUUGUGUGUGUUUUUCUCACCUGUGUCACCCAUCUCCUGCUCAUUUUGUCUUCUUCUCUUUCUUCUUCUCUUUCUUCUCACUUGGCAUACUGCUUUGUUUUGGUGUGUCAAAAGUGCCUUGUCAUUUUUAUCAUUUUUGAAUAAGGAUAGAGACCUUGGAGAUGGAGUAUGCAAAUCCUUUACAUAUGCAAUGCCAACAGCGACAUUUAGCAGUACCAAUAGUGUGGAAGAGUCUACGUUUUCUAAGGAAAGAGGGGCACGCAAUAAAAUUCUAUUGCCUCAUUGAAAUCAUAUAAUUCAGCAACUUCCUAAUAUGAAAGCUUCCUAUUUCAAAUUGUAGUGUUUUCAAGCUUUAUAAAUUCUAGUGGCCUAAAUUUGCCCCUGAAAGUCACAGUUGGCAAUGCAUGAUUUUUGGUUGACAUUUUUGCUAUUGUCAUUUCACAUUCAACAGGCACAGAAUACGAUUUGCAAAAACAAAUACAGAAAUCCUAAAAUAAAACAAAAUUUAAAAAUCACACUUCCGUACUCCUCACUGGUUGCACUGUAUGUGACAUGGUGUGCCCCAAACACACGAUCCUACAUCCAUACCUCCUUGUGUGCAUUUGGUUCUCAGUACUAUGCUUCAGCAGUUGACAGAGUGACGAAUUCAAAAAACAACAUGCAAAUUGUCAACACCUUAUAUUUUUGUAGAUAAUAUAUAUUUAUUUUUAUUCAUUGUUAAAUAAAGACUCGAUAACUGUAUCAAUAAGAUGUGAUGUUUGUCUUUUGUAACUCAAAAAUAAAACACAAUCCCAUU